AUGGUCAACGAGUCACUUCCUCAAGCCCAGAGCAAAGCAGACUAUGAUCCCAUCACCCUGUCCCUCUUCUCCAAUCGGUUCAUGUGUAUUGCCGAGGCGAUGGGUCGAUCACUCAAGCAGACGGCCAUCAGUACCAACAUCAAGGAGCGACUAGACUUCUCGUGUGCUGUGUUCUCUCCUACAGGUGAUCUCGUCGCCAAUGCGCCUUUCGUGCCUGUACAUCUCGGAUCCAUGAGUUGGUCAGUCAAAUAUCAAUUGAAAUUGCAUGGGAAAGAUCUCAAAGACGGGGAUGUACUUUUGACCAACUCACCAAUGGCCGGUGGAAGUCACCUUCCCGACUUGACCGUGAUCACUCCCUGUUUCGACGAGAAUGACCCUACUAAGAUUAUCUUCUUCACAGCGUCCCGAGGUCACCACAGUGACAUCGGUGGUAUCCUGCCCGGGUCCAUGCCCCCAACUUCCACUCAGCUCUACGAAGAAGGAGCCAACAUCCAUUCACUCAAGAUAGUCUCAAAUGGCUAUUACGAUCACGAUGCUCUACAAAAAGUUAUGGUGGAGGAUCCUGCUCAGUAUCCUGGCUGCUCAGGUUCCAGGUCUUUCAGAGACGUUGAGAGUGAUGUCAAGGCUCAGAUUGCUGCGAAUAACAAGGGCACCAAUCUUCUGAAAGCGUUAGUGCAAGAGUACGAUCUCCAGACGGUACAUAGCUACAUGAAUCAUAUCAAGAACAAUGCCGAACAAUCAGUACGAAAGAUGCUGCGAAAGGCUGCAGAGAAUGCUGGGACCAAUGUGCUACAUGCCGUCGACUAUCUAGAUGAUGGAUCGCCUAUCGCCUUGACCAUAACCAUUGAUCCCAAAUCAGGCUCAGCAGUGUUUGACUUUGAAGGUACCGGUCCUGAACUUCGUGGAAAUCUCAACGCACCUAUCUGUGUUGUGCAUGCCGCCGUGAUCUACUGCAUGCGAUCCAUGAUAGGCGAAGAUAUCCCACUCAACGCGGGGUGUUUGGUACCCAUUGAGAUACGGAUACCCGAAGGAUGCUUACUAUCUCCUUCACCCGAAAGUGCUGUCUGUGGUGGCAACGUGAUGACAUCGCAGAGAAUCACAGAUACGGUUUUGCUCGCAUUCAAGGCCUGUGCUGCUAGUCAAGGAUGUUGUAACAAUCUGUCAUUCGGUGCAGGUGGGAAGAAUCAAGAGACUGGGGAAGUAGUCGACGGUUGGGGUUAUUACGAGACCAUCGCCGGUGGUAGUGGAGCUGGAGACGGAUGGAACGGAACAUCCGGCGUGCACUGUCAUAUGACCAACACGCGUAUCACCGAUCCUGAGAUCCUGGAACGUCGUUAUCCCGUCAUCCUCCAUGAAUUCGGAUUCAGACCAUCCUCCGGAGGUGUUGGUAAAUACCGCGGUGGAGAAGGAUGUAUACGUUCACUCCAAUUCCUACAGCCCUUAUCUGUAUCUAUUCUAUCCGAACGACGAUCUCGGGCGCCCUAUGGUCUUGCCGGGGGUGGACCAGGAGCUACAGGGUUGAAUCUUUGGGUAAAACAGCCGAAAGACAAGGAUGGUAAGGUUAGGACCAUCAAUGUGGGAGGUAAAGGUACCAUGCAAUUUGGGACUGGAGACUCUCUGGUAUUGCAUACCCCUGGUGGAGGAGGAUGGGGCAAGCCGGAGGUAGAAGAUCAAAUCGAAAAGGAGGAAGGGCAGAGGCUUCUUAACGAAGCAAGAGAGUGGGAACCAAGGGGAUCAUGGGCUGACAAGGCUCAGCCAGAUUUCUGA